AUGUGUAAGACAAAAGGCAUGAGUCAGAGUCCAAUCCCCAAAUUCUUCAAAGAUCUAAUCCCAACUCAAUUGCUUGUUAGCAGAGCUCAAUUAUGUGGCCAAGGUGCACGAUCUUGGGUAGGCUUCCAAAUCAAUUCCAGUUCGACUGAAACCAAGAGCAGGAAAGAGAGGGAAAAGGAAACGGAGCAGAUGAAGCUACGGGAGCGGCACCCGAGGGCCAUCACGAGCCGGAUGCUCGCCGGUCUCCAGCAGUACGGUAACUUCCCCCUCCCCUCGCGCGCCGACAUGAAUAACGUCAUCGCCGCACUGGCUCGGGAGGCAGGUUGGACGUUUAUACAAAAAUAA